AUGGGCUGUGAUGCUACACGUCUCAUCAACAUUCGAUGUGAUCUUGCAGAUUUCAACAGCAUCAGGGAAUGUGCAAACGAAAUUUUGAAAGAUGAAGAUAAAAUCGACAUAUUAAUUUGCAAUGCGGGAGUAAUGUUCUAUCCCAGAUACGAGAAAACGGUUGAUGGCCAUGAAAUGACCUGGCAAAGCAAUCAUCUUGGUCAUUUUCUUCUAACCCAUUUGCUCCUACCUGCAAUGGAAAAAGCACCGAAAGCACGUAUCAUCAUUGUCUCGUCAAAUUUGCAUCGUAAAAGCAAAUCGCUCGACCUGGCUACCAUCGACGACAAAAAGAAGUUCGGUCUUUUUGAUCCAUACAAUCGCAGCAAACUUGCCAAUGUCAUGCAUGCUCGCGGUUUAAGUCGACGUCUCCACCGACUCGGUAUUCACAACGUCACUGUGAAUUCGUUACAUCCAGGUGCAGUAAACAGUAAUCUUGCUCGAUCAACACCUCUUCUCAAAACACCGCUACGUCAAAUUACCGCUCCUCUCAGGUGGUUCUUCCUGAAAACGGAUCGCGAUGGGGCGCAGACCUCACUCUAUCUAGCUCUCAGCAAGAAAGUUGAUGGUAUCAGCGGGAAAUACUUUGCGGAUUGCAAAUUGGCUACCGAGAAUCCUUUGGCUUUGAAUGAUCAAGCUUGUGACGACCUGUACAACUACAGUAUGGAACAGUGCGGGAUCACUGAUUAA